AUGUGUGAUAAAUCCAUCUAUGAUUUUAUGGCAGAAAGCCUUGAUGGCCAAUCUGUACCACUCAGUAAAUACAGGGGUAAGGUGCUUCUGAUUGUCAACCUGGCCACUUUCUGAGGCUCGACAAUAGAGGAGCACCACCGACUGAAUGCACUGAUGGAUAUGUUCGGGGGCCUCCACUUCACUGUUCUAGGGUUCUGCUGUAACCAAUUUGGUCUCCAGUCGCCAGAGGUGAACAGUGAAACACUAAAUAUUCUUAAGUAUGUGCGACCAGGAGGGGGAUUCAUACCCAAGUUCCCUGUGUUUGGGAAGGUAGAGGUGAAUGGGUUAAGCGAAGAGCCACUGUUCACCUAUCUCAAGGACUCUUUGCCUUUUGUAAACCCUGUUAUUGGAGACAUAAAGAAAUUCUACUGGUCACCUAUCAGAGUCAAUGACAUUCGAUGGAAUUUUGAAAGGUUUCUAAUCACUGCAGAUGGUGUGCCAUUCAGACGUUAUGAACUUCACUGUCCUGUUUCAACGGUGGAAAGAGAUAUUGCUGAACUACUAUAGUAAUAAAUGUCUUAAUUUUCCCAAAAUGUGUGUUCAACAUCAGUGGUAGAGUGACGAUCCCUCUGUAAAUGCAGACAUGCACCUGGGCUGGAUCUGAUGGGGAGGGUGAGCCUGACUCAGAGAUUUAGUGCAUUCACUCUGAGGACUGCUUCCCUUGGACCAUUGGUGUUGAAUUUGUUUAUCGGCUCUCAAUACAGCCAUGUUGUAAAUCAAACAUAAAUAACCUAUGUGCUAAAAUAGUACAUGAAUAAAUAACCUUUAUGCAUCUAUGUUGUUUGUAUCCUCAUUGACAAUUUUAGGAAAUCAGAUCGUUUACACAAUUUCUACUUUGAUUUGUUUCCUAGCAUUAACUGAGAAGUUGUAUACAUUUUGUUCUAAAUUCACAUGUGCGAAUGCAUAAUAUAGGCCUAACCGAUUUCUGAUAUAACAACUUUUGAAAAAUGUAGUGCUUCAAACACAACAAGCAUUAUUCUUCACCACAACUCUUGUGCAUUACUCGGCAUUUCUUCUGUUUGAAUUAUGG